AAUGAGAAAAGAAACAAUGCUGUACAAAUUUAACACCAUGUUAUUCACAAGAUCUCUGUUUUUAUUUUCAUUGCUUCUGCUGCCUACAACUGUGCCAGCCACAGGCUCCUUUCUGUACUUCGCCUACGGAAGCAACCUGCUCAAAGAGAGACUCACACUCAACAACCCAUCAGCUACAGUACAGAGUACCGCCAAAUUACAGGACUAUACAUUGGUGUUUGGAAGCCAUAAGGGUCAGUACAGUCAGCGCUGGCGUGGUGGAGUCGCAUCAAUUGAACCGAGUGCAGGAGACACAGUGUGGGGCGUCAUGUACAAAAUCAACACCACUGACAUGGAAAACCUGGACAGACAGGAGGGUGUGAGCUCUGGUGUGUACUCUCCAGCGUUGGUUCGUGUCUCAAGUUACGGUCAGACUGUCAUCUGUCGCACCUACAUCAUGAACAACCGCACACCUUCACUGCCCUCUCCCCAAUACCUGCAGGUAAUCAGGAUGGGAGCAAAGCAGAACCGGCUACCCAAAUAUUAUCAGGACAAACUGAAUAACAUCAAAUACAAUAACUUUGAUGGGCAUCUUCCAGUGAUGGAUGAGAUAAAAGCAGCUCUUCAAAACUCCAAAAAGGGGCCUAAAUAAAGUUUCUUUCUACAUGUGGUUUUACCUUUUAAACAAAAAAGUACAAAAAUCCCCCACAGACCCGUCAUGAUCAAACUAAAAAACGGUCAGAGCUUACUGAACAUGUCAGGUAGGUAAAUAUUUUAGUCGUUUUUAACAUUACUGUGACUGAAGGAUUAUUUACAGGGUAAAGAAACAGUACAGUGAUGUUCCUGACUGAGCGUUUUGAGAUGCUGUAAAGCCUCUUGAGUUAAAUUUAACUUAAUAGUUCAGUAAUUACUUUUCCAUUACAAUUUGAAUAAAAUAAAAUAACAAUUGUGCGGUUUUACUUUUAAUCUCGAACUUUUAAUAGUUUGCUUAAAAAUUAUUGCUGUUGCUUUUCAUAUUUCUAUUGAUUUAUAAAUCUAAAGAUGAGUUUUAAAUCUGUGUGCUGAACAUAAAGAAUUCAUAAUUUUAAUAAAGAAAAACAAAUACAUGAAUAAAUUGAUUAAAUGUUGAAUUUAAGCUA